AUGGCACUGAUGAGGAAAGCUUCCAUUGCCGCUAAAAUGCCUGGUCAAGAGGCCAAAGCGAUUGAAUCAAAAGCAUAUGCCACCCUCAAAUUCGCAGACGGCGCGUCCGAUGAAUUCGAGUUCGGGGGUUCAUUUGGUGCUGCUCUGUUGAUGAUAGGUUUCCCUCUCUUGAUGUGGUAUAUGUGGAUUGGUGCAACCUACUAUGAUGGCAUGCUUCCUCUUCCCACUGCCAACCAAACCUGGGCUGACUUUGUCAUUUUCCUAUGCAAAUUGGUUUAUGAGGGAGCGUAUCCAACUGGGAAGGCAUGGGCAAUCUACUGGACAUUCUUCAUUAUGGAAGCCUUUAUGUAUUGCUACUUGCCUGGAGUCUCCAGUUUUGGCCGUCCAUUGAAGCACGAAGGGGGUAAAUGUCUUCCCUACUACUGCUCCGCGUACUGCAGUUUUUAUGCGACGCUAGCCAUUGCUGCAGUCUUGCAUAUUACGCAUAUAUUCCCCUUAUACACUCUGGUUGACGAAUUUGGAUCUAUUAUGAGUGUCGCUAUCUUUUCCGGCUUCCUGAAUAGCGUUAUAGUCUACAUCCAAGCUAUAUUACGUGGACGGACUCACAGAUUAUCUGGUUCAGUUAUCUAUGAUUUUUUCAUAGGUGCCGAGCUAAAUCCUCGAAUCGGUAUCCUGGACUUCAAGAUGUUUUACGAGGUCAGAAUUCCAUGGUUUAUAUUGUUCCUUAUCACUUGCUCGGUCGCCGCUCUUCAAUAUGAAAAAUACGGCUUCGUCUCGAAUGAGGUACUAUUCUUGAUUGGUGUGCAUUUCUUAUAUGCCAAUGCUUGUGGUAAAGGAGAGCAAAUGAUUAUCACGAGCUGGGAUAUGUACUUUGAAAAACUAGGAUUUCUACUCACUUUCUGGAAUAUGGCUGGUGUGCCUUUCACCUAUUGCCAUUGCGCUCUUUACCUGGCAAACCAUGAGCCUUCCGAAUACCAUUGGAAUCCUUAUCUCCUUUCUAUAUUUGCUACAGUCUAUAUCUUCUUCUACUGGGUGUGGGAUAGUGCAAAUGGUCAAAAGAACGCGUUUCGUCAUGCAGAAAAGGGUCGGUUUGCCAACUUGAAGCGGAAGACAUUCCCCCAAGUACCCUGGCAGGCUAUUGAGAAUCCAAAAAUAAUCGAAACUGAUACGGGUGAUAAUAUCAUGGUUGAUGGCUGGUUCGCAAUAGUCAGGAAGCCGAAUUAUGUCCCUGACAUGUUUUUUUCCAUGUCCUGGGGUCUGAUCACCGGGUUCAAGUAA